UGAUGGUGAUAAAAUAAAUUACAAGAACCAAACCAAAAAAGGGAAAAAAAGAGUUUUUCCAUCGCUCUCUUUCUAUAGAAUUCUUCUGGAGAAGGAUAAAAAAAAGAAGGAUAAAAGUCUCUCUUCUUCUUCUUCUUCUUCUCCUACUUCUGUGUGUGCAGUGUUUUUAUCAAUUUCGAGGUUUCAACUCUAUGCUAUGCUUAGUUCUUCCAUCUGCUUUGCUGGACAUUAGUAGGCCAUGAAUGGAUCCCUAUAUCCUUAUUCGUUAGAAAUCAUUAUCGACUAAAGAGAGAGGAAGUGUGUGUGAUUUUGGAUUCUGGAAAUGGACACUCAGCCAGCUGAGGAGCUGCUGAGGAAGAUCCAGGAGCUGGAAGCAGGGCAAGCUCAUCUUGAACAAGAGAUGUCUAAGCUUAAGCUUACUAGCGAUCCAAAAUCGGAGCAUGACUUGCAGUACCGGCAACAUCAUCACCACCAGCAGUCGCAACAACGUUCCCAUUCUAUAUCGCCGCAGAGGACUGGGCCUAGGAGGAGAGGAAGCAGUGGGACUGGACCUGGUUUCGAGGCUAUUGCAGCUUGGAAGAAGGGCUCGGUGUCGUUUAGGCAUUCGUCGCCGUUGCAGAGAGAAAGCCGGAGUGUGACGAGUGCUACCACUACUAAUGCUGCUAAAGAAGGAGCAAACUGCGGGCCAUCGGCGGUGAAGUUUACUGAUAAGCAAUAUUUGAAUAUAUUGCAGUCCAUGGGACAGUCUGUACAUAUUUUUGAUCUUACGGGCCGUAUCAUUUAUUGGAACCGAACAGCUGAGCACCUUUACGGAUAUUCUUCAGCGGAGGCUCUCGGCCAGGAUGCCAUUGAGCUGCUUGUAGAUCCUCAGGAUUUUUCGGUGGCAAAUGGUAUAGUGCAUCGUGUCACCAUGGGGGAGAGCUGGACAGGUCAGUUUCCUGUCAAGACUAAGAUGGGAGAUAGGUUUACAGCUGUUGCAACCAAUACACCGUUCUAUGACGAUGACGGUACUUUGGUCGGGAUUAUCUGUGUAUCAAGUGAUUCACGGCCCUUUCAAGAAAUGAAGAUUGCAUUGGCAGGUUCAAAUAAUUCAGAAGCUGAUUCAAGCUUUAGUCGACCUAGAAGUUGUGUCACAACAAAACUUGGUCUGGAUUCUCAACAGCCCUUGCAAGCAGCAAUUGCAUCUAAGAUAUCCAAUUUGGCAUCAAAGGUGAGCAACAAAGUGAAAUCAAAAAUUCGGACGGGAGAUAACAUGGAUCGUGAAGGUGGGACCAGCGAUGGUCAUCAAUCUGAUCAUGGCUUCUCAGAUGCAGCUCUAUCUGACCAUAGGGAGGAUGCAAACUCUAGUGGAGCUAGCACUCCCAGAGGAGAUGUGCAUCCAUCUCAUUUCGGAAUAUUUUCACACUACGAGGCUUCCCCAGUAAAACCCUCCACAGAUUCCGGCGAUGAGAGCGAAGGAAAACCAGCAAUUCACAAGAUUUACUCAAAGGCUGAGGCUUGGAUUGGCAGGAAAGGGUUAUCAUGGCCUUGGAGAGGGAAUGAACGGGAAGGCUCAGAUGUAAGGACCACCCGUUUUAUGUGGCCCUGGGUGCAAAAUGAUCAAGAAAGUGAUACAGGUCAUCAAGGGAGUCCCUCCUCUAGUGCAAAACCAGAAAUCCAGGCAAAUGACAGUACUCGGCCUACCAAUAACGAGGCCUCUGGAUCUUGGUCAUCCUCAGUUAAUGUUAACAGCACAAGCAGUGCCAGUAGCUGUGGAAGUACCAGCAGUAGUGCUAUUAAUAAGGUGGAUGUGGAGACUGAUUGCUUGGAUUAUGAAAUAUUGUGGGAAGACUUGACGAUUGGUGAACAGAUUGGGCAAGGUUCGUGUGGGACUGUAUAUCAUGCCCUGUGGUAUGGAUCAGAUGUUGCUGUCAAGGUAUUCUCCAAGCAAGAAUAUUCAGAAGAUGUAGUACUGUCAUUUAGACAAGAGGUGUCUCUCAUGAAAAGACUUCGCCAUCCAAAUGUAUUGCUUUUCAUGGGUGCUGUUACUUCAGCUCAGCGUCUCUGCAUUGUCACGGAGUUCCUUCCACGUGGAAGUUUGUUUCGGUUACUCCAGAGGAACACAACUAAACUGGAUUGGAGGCGGCGCAUCCAUAUGGCAUUGGAUAUAGCGCGUGGUAUGAAUUAUCUUCAUCAUUUCAAUCCACCUAUCAUUCAUCGUGAUUUGAAGUCUUCAAAUCUUCUGGUUGAUAGGAACUGGACCGUAAAGGUUGGUGAUUUUGGUCUAUCGCGUCUAAAGCAUGAAACUUACUUGACAACUAAGACUGGGAAGGGAACGCCUCAAUGGAUGGCGCCAGAAGUUUUGCGAAAUGAACCCUCAGAUGAAAAGUCUGAUGUAUACAGCUUUGGGGUGAUUAUGUGGGAACUUGCCACUGAGAAGAUCCCUUGGGAUAAUCUCAACUCAAUGCAGGUGAUUGGAGCUGUAGGUUUCAUGAACCAACGCUUAGAGAUCCCCAAAGAUGUUGAUCCACAGUGGGCUUCUACAAUUGAGAGUUGCUGGCACAGUGCCGUCCAUCUUUCCAAGAACUGCUGGAAAAGCUUAGGGAUCUGCAGAGACAAUACGCAAUUCAAUUCCAGGCGGCCCGUUCUGCAGCUGGAGAUAACACACAAAAGGAAUUAUAGACCGAAAUUCUUUUGCUUGUGGUUUGUUUUGUUGAUAUGGCCACAAAAAGCAAUGGCAAAAUUUUCCUUUUUUUUACUGGAAAUCUCUAGUAAGAAGAUGGUUACGACAACUGCCCACAGAUUGCCACUAAAGGUUUGUGGUAUUGGCAUAGAAAAAGCUCACAACAGACAGACAAGGAAAAGAAAAAAGAAAAUGAGGCAGUAGUUGGCAUCCAUUUUAGCUGCCUAAUUUUGAUGGUGAUUGGUUGGUUUUGGUGUUUGUUUAUUUACUGACAUCAUGAAAAAUCUUCAAAAUCCAUAAUCAAUGGUGCUCUGCAAUUGGAAUUAUGCUGGUUGGAUUCUUGCAACCAUUAGUAUUUUUAUGUGAGAGUUGCUUAGGACCACUUUGAAAAGCUGUACAGAAAAAAAAAAAAAAAAAAAC